CAAAAUCGUGCACACAUCCCAGGCAUUUCCACAAAAACGAAACCAGAAACACCAACAUUUGGUUGUGUUUGUUGCUGAUAUAUCUUAACUUUCUUAACUUUGUAAGAGAUCAUUAUGGAGGAUUCUGAAGAUUUGCAUGUCUGCUUAAAAUGCAAUGGGAAGAUACUCGGACUGGACAAGUACAUCGAGCACAGACGGACUAACUGUCAAGUCAAAGCCAAGGAAACAGAAACUCACCCAAGAAAUGAAACAAAUGCUACAUCUCCAGAAGACUCAUCCAUACAGCAGGGUGAAGAUGGCUCACCGGACAUCCAAACUGAAAAAUCUAAACAGAAAAGGAAGCGAGGUCGCCCAAGACGAAUCAUAAGGCAAAGUGAAGAUGAGCAGACCUCAAAGGAAAGUGAACGAGUAGAGAGAGAAAUCCAAGAAGCGUUGGAUUUGUCUUUGCUCUCUGAGAGCAACAAACAAGAAAAUGGCGAAACUUCGGACGCGGUUGUCACUCGUACUCGGAGGAACAAAAAGCCAAGGCGAAAAUUUGAGAAUUGCUUUGCUGAUGACCAUGAUGAUGAUGAAGAUGAUGAUGAUGACGAUGAUCAAACAUGGCAAAAAUCCAAAUUGGUCAAGGGGAGGAGCUCAGCGUCAACAGGAAAGUCUUCAAAAAAACGAGGAAGAGCAAAGAAACCCCUGCCUCCCGAGGAUGAACUAGCAAUUGAAAAGGCCCGUGCGGAAGACCGCUUUAUAUGUGAACUCUGCAAGUUUUCCAGUCUUAGCACAGCUUCACUACUGCAGCACCUUAAGACUACGAAGCACACGGAGCAUCUGGCAAAUGCUAAGGGGGACUCUGACGCCACGUUUGAGUGUAAUUCGUGCCCUUCAAUCUUCUUCACCGAAAGUGCUCUGACGCACCAUCAAAUACGACACCAGCAGCAAUGUAAGUGCAGCAAGUGCGGAGUGGAUUUUGAGACGCGAGCAGAAUUGGGGAAACAUCGCAGGAUAGAACAUGAUAAAGAAGUAAGAAAAACCAGCACUGACGUCUGUGACACAUGUGGAAAGGCAUUCUCCAGAGGCUACUUAAAGAUUCACAAAAGAAUCCACUCGGGUGAGAGACCCUUUGCUUGCGAUAUUUGCCCCUUCAAGACGAAUCAGAGGGGGGAUCUGCUGAUGCACAAGAAGAGACAUAUGGGCAUCAAGGACCGCAAAUGCCCCACUUGUGAUUUCAUCACCCUCAGGUCGUCAAUCUUGAAGAACCACAUAUUGACCCACACCAAAAGAGAGAAGACCGAGGAAUGCCCAACCUGCCUCUUGAAGUUCUACAACAAAAAUCUUCUGAGAUCCCACGUCUACAUGAAGCACGUUCUAGCGCGGGACCACUCGUGCACAGAGACGGGUUGCACAUACAAGUUCAAAUACAAGAUUGAACUUGUUGCGCACAUGCGAACACACUCUAAAGAAAAACCCUUCUUGUGUACUGUGUGUGGUUACUCCGGAUCCUCUAAGCAGGCUUUGACCAGACACUUCCGAAAGCACACCGGUGAUAAACCUUUCAAAUGUGACUUCCCUGACUGUUUCUACGAGGGUCGUGUCUCAACCCACCUUACUCGCCACAAACGGCUUCACACAGGCGAGAAACCAUACAAGUGCCCAUACUGUAACUACCGAGCCAACACCCAUGAGAAUGUCCGGAAGCAUAUCCGUAACACAAAGAAACACGCAGGACUCAGUGUCUACAUGUGCAAGUUUUGUAAAGACAUGCAGACUGACCGCUACCAGGAGCUCGUAGAUCAUGUACGGACAGCACAUGCCGAGCGCUACCUCACAUUUGACAAGGUUUCCCACCAAUCAGGCCUUCUUGCUGAUAAGGAGGAGGUUGCGACUGCAAUUGAAGAUGGCGAACAAGAACCUGUGCCAGACGGCCACCAAGGACCUGUACCAGAUCACCCACAAGGACCUGUGCCAGAGGACCACAAAGGACCUGAGCCUACAGUCAACCCUGGAAGAGGUAUAAACUGUGACCUACAGAUCAAUAUCCCUACCCAAGACAUCGAGUCCAACCUCCAGGUUGUUGUGCCGACCUCAACGGUUAACAACUCUGACCUGCAGGUAGCCGCUUCUUCGACCUCUGAAGUGACCUCUGACCUGCAGACAGCUGUGCCGACCUCUGAAAGUAGUAACAGGAAGUACAUCUUGGUGGUCCAGGAAGGAAAUGAAGAGCGCCCCCAGGAGGUUGGGGAUAGCACCAAGGAGGCAGACCAGGCAUCAGCAGGAGAAGAUGAAGAGCUGCAGGAGAUUCAGAUGGUUACUGUGGAAGGACAAGCAUCUCAGGCCCUUGAAAUGCUCUUGAGACAUGCCAAUGGAUCACAAGGUUCACAGGACUUUAUCAUCUAUUGAGAUGAGUUCAGCAGGCAAAGGGUUUGUUUUAAAGGCACUAGACAUGCUUGGUAAUUGUCAUAGACCAGUUUUUUCACUUUGUGUA